GACUGUUUAUUCUAUGUGUGAUUCGAGCUUGUGAAUUGCAAUGAAUGUUUUAUGGCGCGAAGUGGACCAGUAGCGCUCUACUGGUACUAAGCGAACCCGAACUUCACCAUAAUAUCAUCAAUCGUAUAUUCCUCCCGAAUUAUUAGAAUACCAUUGUAAUAUAUUUAAAUGACGUGGGUCAGUUUGCUAUGAAAGCAAUAAGUAGUUACAGCAAUGGACAAUGCCCCGAAUUUGCUAGAAGCGUGCCAGCCACAACGAAACUUGAGUAGGGUUAGGAAAGAUGACACGGCCGUUUGCCCCAAAAUAAGCUAUAAAUAAAGCAAAACCACUAACGCUAUGGCAGUAUAAUCAUCACCGAGACAAGACCAAAAAUAGACAGCCCUGCACAGAAGUAUCAGUAUGAUACUUAACGAUAGCAACCAUGCGAUGGACUCGUCCUUAACAGACAGAUCAACAGAGGUAACAAAAAAAGACGAUGGGGCAUCUGAACGACUCCGCUCCACCUCCGCUCCUCGUGUUGUGGUCAGCAAACUGAGCUUACAGCCGGAUGUCCUAAAUCGCCUAAGGCGUAUCUCGAGACUUGCCCAGGACCGGGUGAAACGGGAAGAGGAACUAGACAAAAACGAGCAGAAGGGAGCGACAGAUACAAAGGACAUGGCAGAAGGCGAGAAACCGAACAAUGGACCAAAGGAUUUACCUAUAAGCAAAGAUAUAGAAAUCGAGAGCGGAAUGUCCAAAAAAAGAAAGCUGCCUGUUAGUACUGAAGAAGAUGUCCUCGCUAAAAAGGCAAAACCAGAAGGGGAGGUUAAGUUUGCCGUACCAGUUACUGAUUCACCCAUCAGCGAGGAAAAGUUGCAAGAUAAAGAGAGUAAAGAUCUUGGAGAGGUUAAAGCAGAAGAUGUGAAAAAAGACGAAUGGCUUUCUCAUCACCAAGGCAUUUACCAGCUUCUAAGAGAUGUAAUCAAUAAGAGGGCAGUCGAGUUUGAGAAGGAAGUUCUUCUUGAGACUGAAAAACUCAGAGUGAAGGUUCAAGAAUUGGAAGAGGAGAAUAGAACCCUACAAGAGUCAAGCUUGAAACUACAGAAAGCGCUUGCGACGUUUAUUAAGAACAAAGAAAAGUCAAAAAGCUCCCGAGUUUCCAGGGGAACCCAAGUUAAUGUAGGCCUGACCCUGAGUCGUCACCAGUCCUCGCUUCGUCACCCUGGCUCCAGCAAACCAUCGACUUCAUCGAAACAUUACCCGGCUACGAUUGACCAGAACUCCCCGUCUAAAAAUAAACCGGUACAAGCCAUCACACCGGUGCCUUCUACCUCGCCCAGCGAGCCUCUUACUAAAGUCGCCGAGUCUUCAACAGCUGCCGAUCACCCCUGCAACCCACAAUGUCUUACUUUGUCGACCGAAGAGAACAUGAAUGUCGAGUCCUCUACAAAAGCCAUUCAGACGGCUCCUCAAGAGCUGGAAAAAACAACACUUCCGAAAAGCAAUAAUCAGCCAGGCAUGGGGCACUUUCGGAUCUCUUCUAGUACCGGAAUCCGGCGUUCAUAUCUUGACAUUAGCGAAGAUAAAGCUGAGACAGGGCACUUCAAGAUUACUCCAGACGGGCUAAGGACUACUGGGGAUCAAGAGUCUCAAAUGCGUUCAAUCCACAAGCAGUUGACGUCCACUCAGUUAUCUGAUCAACCAAGCAUUGGUGGUGGGGGUGCUAAAGAAUCCCAUAAGCCAACGAAUUGUCAAGGAUCGACGUUUUCUUCCCAAACCAUCCAAACAACCGUUUCCCCUUCUAUACAGGCGUCUGGAACUCAGCCUAGCCCUCCAAGCUCACGUUUAAUAGCCGCAAAUAACUGUAAGGUAACGUCUUCUGAAAAUGGUUCUCUAGCCAACGAAAGGCGAAGUAACGUUUCUGUAACUUCUCAAAACCGACGUCGCGAAGACAAUGGCCGUAAUCCACCUGCUGUGCUAUUUGUCCAUGACACAGAAAUUGAAGAAGUUCCUGCCCCGGUGGCUAAAAGAAGUGACAUUCCUAGCAGACCAGAAACAAUGGGUGGUCCCCCGGCAAGGUCUUCACCAGGAGGCACGAAUGGACUUGACAAGCGGUCCUUUAGGCCAACUAUGGCAGAGCGCGUGAUAGCACCGCCGACUAGUACAGAGAGAAUGACGUCAUUCGACAAGAAUCAAGAGCUUAGACUGCCGAUUGCAUCCACAUCGAGCGGGCCUAUGCGUACAUACACCGAGGUCUACCAGGUGAAAGACAAUGUAAUAAAUCAGCAAAGACUUGAUGAUCAACCAAGACCUCCUACAGGAAUGGUUACUUCUAGAAAUAGGUCCACGUAUCCUACUCACAGUAUAUCAUCUCAACAACCUCAGCAGCAACCACAACAGCAGCAGCUUAAUCAACUGCAACAACAGCAUCGUGAAAAGCUACAACAACAAAUGGCGGAAAAGCAACACCAGGAGUCGCUACUGCUGCUGCAGAAGCAGCAACAACUGCAACACCAACAACGAAUACAGCAACAACAGCGUCUCCAGCAACAACAGCAACGCAUACAGCUGCAUCAAGAACAACUUAAGCAACAGCAACAGCUUCAUCAAGAACAACUUAAACAACAGCAACAACAACAGCUUCAUCGAGAACAACUCAAACAAAAGCAACAGCAACAGCUUCAUCAAGAACAACUUAAACAACAGCAACAGCAACAGCUUCAUCAAGAACAACUUAAACAACAGCAACAGCAACAGCUUCAUCGAGAACAACUCAAACAACAGCAGCAACAGCGCCUUCAACAACAUCUUCAACAACAGCAGCAACCUCCACCCCCACCUCCGCGGUAUGUCCAGCAGCAAGAAGCCCAAGCAGGAAGACCCGUGGUACAAGUUGUGCAGCAAACCCAACAGCCCCAAAACGUCCGCUACAGUUCUCCGGCUGCCCAGUACCCAGCAGUGGAGCAGCUGCAUCAGCAACAACAGCAACAACAACAAAUUCACCUUCAACGGCAGCUACAACAUCAACAGCAGCAAAAUCAGCAACAGAGUGCACAAUCUCAAGCUUAUCGUCAGCGUAAUCCACAUGAGGCUAAACGAUCCGGUUUGUCUGAACACCCUCCUAUUGUAGUAUCUGACCCUCGCAUUUCUUCGAGAGCUGGUCAGCCAAGAGUACUAUCUCCUGGACAAGUUCGAUCAGAUGAAAUUUCACAUGGUGCAAGAACAGCAAUGUCGCAGUCCCAAAGAGAAGGAAACGAUCGUUGUGUUGUUUACCAACCGGGAACAAUAGAGACUAUCAGCGAUGGUCGGGAAGUGUUCCGAGCUCCCGAUGGGAGCACUGUGUACUAUCAAACAAGACAACCAGCAAGUGCGCCCCAGCAAACCCCCCAGCCUCCUCAACCAGCACAAAUAAUGCGGCCAGCUCAUCCCCAGAUGAUCAGUCAACCUGUGUCAUCCUUAGGACGUCUACCAACACGCCAGCAAGACGUACACCAUGCGGCAGCCUCCAGUACUGCGCACCAACCCAAUGUUAUUACUAGGGUCAUGCCAACUGCUUCUCCGAGAGAGCCAGUCUCGCUCCUACCCCCUCCGAAGCCAAACGCUUCAAUCGCUGUGGUUCAGAACGGAAUUGUACUUUCUUGGAACAUGAACCUGGAUAGCGUCCACGAACAGAUUGACAAUUACGAGCUGUUCGCCUGUCAGGACGGUACAGAGGCUAGCACUCCUUCAAUAAUGUGGAAGAAGAUAGGAGUUGUCAAGGCCCUCCCACUUCCCAUGGCUUGUACUCUGACGCAGUUUUCAUCCGGGAGUUGUUACAAGUUUGCUGUGCGUGCUGUUGACACGCGAGCAAGAGAAGGUCCUUUCAGUGACCCCUGCGUAAUUACCUUGAAGAAAUAGUCGUCAGAAGCAGCAGCAAAUAUAGCCCUCACCCACAGAGUGGAACCAACUCGACAAGAACCACUUGCUAGAGUUUUAGUGAUUAGCCCAUUUUGAACAAAAAAUAUAUACGAAAGUUUUAUUGUUUUAGUUAGCGAUAUAUGUAUAUAUCUCACGUUUUUGAUUAAAUUUAGAAAAACUUGGUA